GUCACUUUAAGAUGUCCUCAUAGUGACAUCACACGUCAUGAAACCAAAGACAAAACUAAUCAGUGUGUCCACUCAUCAUUUUAUCAGUCUUUGCCUCAUCAGCGUCAUCACAGGUGAAAGGUCAUGAAAUCGAGGGGCCCUGAGUUCUCCACCAAACAUGCAAACAAAACCAAACCAUCUAGCCUUGAAUAAAGUCCAACUAGAACAGAAAACUGGGGUCCGAGUUUAGAGGAAACCUGGCAGGCUGCCUUCAUAUGUCCAGUUUGAUCCCUAUCCCAGCGCCUUGUGUCUAUCCUCCAUCAGAGCACAUUUGUCCAGGGUGACCGUCCCGAUCUCAAGCUGCAGAAAUGGACCUGCUUCACAGCUGGGGGGUGAACCUAGCUGUCCAUUUGCAGACAGAGUACCGGGACUAUGAGAAUCUGUUUCAGUGGGUCUCCUCGGUGGCGGAUCUCCACACCACGUUCUUUGUGUUUUUCCCCAUUUGGUUUCAUCUGCGCAGAGAUGUUGCCGUUAAACUCAUCUGGGUGGCCGUGGUUGGAGACUGGCUAAACCUCGUCCUGAAGUGGGUGCUUUUCGGUGAGAGGCCGUACUGGUGGGUGAAUGAGACUAAGUUUUACGGCCCUAUAAAACAUCCUGAACUGCAACAGUUCUCCAUCACUUGUGAAACUGGACCAGGGAGCCCGUCGGGUCAUGCCAUGGGUUCUUCAGGAGUUGGGUAUGUAAUGGUUACAGCAGUGCUUUCCAUUGUUGCUGAAAGAAAAAUGCCUCCUUUAAGUUAUAGAUUUUUACAGUUGAUGCUCUGGAUGCUUCUGGGUUUGGUGGAGUUACUGGUGUGCAUGUCUAGAGUCUAUCUGGCAGCCCAUUUCCCACACCAAGUUAUCAGCGGAGUUAUUUCAGGUAUAAUUGUAGCAGAAACAUUCUCCAGAGUGCAGUGGAUCUACAACGCAAGUCUGAGAAAGUACUUCAGUGUCACGCUGUUCCUGCUCUUCUUCGCGGUGGGCUUCUAUGUGCUUCUGAAAGCUCUGGGUGUGGAUCUGCUCUGGACAUUGGCAAAGGCCCAGAAAUGGUGCGUCAAUCCAGACUGGGUCCUUAUGGACACCACCCCCUUUGCUAGCCUGUUGAGGAACAUGGGCACCCUGUUUGGUCUGGGACUUGGUCUUCACUUAUCACACUACAAUGAAACAAGAAGCAAGAAACACAGCAGCGCCUCUUUCAGGACAGGAUGUAUUGGUGUAUCAUUGGUGUUGCUGCAGCUCCUGGAUAAGAUGACGUUUUCCUUGAGCAACCAGUUACUUUUCUACCUUCUGUCAUUCGGCAAAUGCGCUGUAGCUUUGGUGCUUCCCACUGCUCUUGUUCCUGGAGCAAUAUCUUGGAUUUCACAAAAAAACAAGCAUGAAAAGGAAAUGUAGUGCAAUAUUCGUGCAAAACUUUGGUGAAUGGUAAACCAUAGAGUUUGACUGAUAUAGUUUUGCAUCGCAACCGAUUUUCAAGGCAAAUGCAAUGGUGGGCAUUCUUUACAAAAUACCUCAGAUGGCAUGUACAGGAUGGGUGGAUACAAAAUAUCAUUUAAACUGUUUUGAACUGUCCUGUGAUUUUAGUUUUUUGUAUAAAAAUGGUUCCAUUCUCAUCUACACUGAUAAGAAAUUCAGUAUAGGAACUAUUUUCACUCAGAAAUUGCUAGAAACAAUUACAAAGAAAUGGCAAGUAACACAUUGAAUUGAUGUGCAAUUUUUAAGCAGAGAAACUAAAAAUGUUAGGCUAUAAAAUGUGCUCCAAUUUCUUGAUUUUUCAGAAACUAUUAAGUAUGAAACGUUGGUCUGCAUUAUGAGACAUUGAAUUGAAUUGUUGUCAGAGGAGAACUUUUUAAGAUGUUCCUCCUCUCGAAUCCUCUCGCAUGACUAUGAUGAAUGACUGUAAUUAUCACUCAGAUCUUUCCAAGAUUAUUUGAGCUUGUUGUUUGCAAGUCUUCAUAUUCUGGUGCCUCCCUGCAUAUCUUGUUAUCUGUGAAUGGGUCUAAAGGAGGCUGGCCCAUUGACUAAGUAACUUUCAUUCAGAUCUUAGGUUCAAAGGUCCCUCAGUCAUGCUCUGUACAUACAGUAUGGCUGUACAUUGUUCCUAUGACUGCUGUUAUAGGGAUCAUUCAUCGUAAAGCGACUUAUUGCACCAUUCAACUAUAUCAUACUUAGAAUACACACACACAUUUACAAAUGGAUAUUUUUAAUCACUCAAAUCGAUUAAUCGUGAUAUAAAUAUAUAUAUAUAUAUAUAUAUAUAUACAGUCAAACCAAAAAUUAUUCAGACAUUUUUGAUAUUUUUGAUAUAUAUUUUACUAGUGGGUGCAGGAUACUAGAGUUCAUUUAUGUAAGUGAGGAUAGCAAAAUAAAGUAAAUUGUGACAUAUUAUACCCAAAAAUUCAUCAUACAGUGGACUACCAGUAAAAUUGAUAAAAAUUUGGAACCAAAAAUUAUUCAGACACUUUAACCUGACCAUGUGUUAUCUGACAUAAUUAAGAUAUAUAUAUAUAUUUUUUUUUUCUGACACAGUUUAACUCAGUUUAACAGUUUAACUCUGAGAUCUUGUCAUAUUUUAUUACCAUUUUUUUUAAACUAUAGUGAAUAAACUGUAUUAAUGAAUGAAAUGUUCAAGGUGUCUGAAUAAAUUUUGGUUUGACUAUGUGUGUGUAUAUAUAUAUAUAUAUAAAUAUAUAUAUUUUUUUUGUGAUAAAAAAAAUAUCCAUUUGUAAAUGUAUGUAUAUAUUAGAUGUAAUUAAUCAUGAUGAAUCAAUUUGAAAGCACUAAUAUAUAUGCUGUCAAAUCGAUUAAUCAUGAUUAAUCAAAUCUAACAUAAAAGUUCUAUCAUUACAUUUAUAUAUAUAUGUGUGUGUGUGUGUGUGUGUGUGUGUGUGUACACAUUUAUACAUACAUACAUAUAUAUAUAUAUAUAUAUAAUAUACACGCAUAUUAUGUAAAAACAAACUUUUAUGUUAGGUGCGAUUAAUCAUGAUUGAUCAAUUUGACUAUACAUAGCCGAUUUUUUAUCAUGAAAUAUACCAUUAAAUUGUAUUAUAUUAUAUACUGAAUUUAGGUUUUAAGUACCUACAUGCAGUACUAAACCAAGGAUAUCUCUUGGCAUCUUUUUAUGACUUUUAAUUAUGGAAUACUGUCUCUAGGAUAGGACUAUAAUUAUUUUAUUUUUAUCCAUUAAUAAUGCGAUUGCAUGCAUGCAUGUCUUUCAGUUUACUUACAGACUACUUUAACCGCACAUGAUGUUGCAUAAUGAAAGAAUAAAUGUUUACAGUGUGGAGAGA